AUGAACGCCUCAAGAUCAAAGACUCUUGACAAUAUCGUAAAUGAAAUUAAGAAACGGUCCAUACUUCACUUUCCAGACACUUCUAAAGGUUAUAAUAUUACAACCAACGCAUCCGAUGAAGGGAUCAGUGCCUCCCUACGACAGGACAACAAAUUAAUUGGGCUCUUUAGUUAUAAAUUAUUAAUACCGGAGAGAGAUACACAGCCAUGGAAAAAAAAUCCUUAG